GUGCCUUUAAAUUGCUGCUUAUGGAGGGUGCAUCUGGGGGGAGGUGGGAGCGAGAGAAACAUCUUCCUACCAGUCUCCCUUCUCUCUCCCUCCAAGAUCCUUCAGGGUUUAGAGAGUGACUGCUGCCCAUAGAGGAUCUCUUUUAGAUCCUCAGCUGGCUGCGGCCCUCCAAAGCCCAAGGCGAGUCCAAGCAGGAGGCGGUAGGGUUAUCUGUGUCAUGAUCAUUUCCAGAGGGAUCCUUCUAGCCCUUGACUGGUAAAGACAGGGAAGCAGAAGAGAAAGCAAGAAACUCUGAGACUGGCCCUCCAGGGGCUUCUUGUAAGCAAUCCAAGUUGGAGAGAGGCUUUCUGUACUUUUUUGGGGUGCGUGCUGAGGUCUCCCUUCUCACCUUAGCAACCAGGCUGAGGAAGGGCUCCAGGGUCUCGGCGGAAUGACAACUCUUGCUUCUGCAACCCUCUCCUUCCUUCUUCUCUGGACCCUGCCAGGGCAAGUCCUCCUCAGGGUGGCGGUGGCAAAAGAGGAAGUCAAAUCUGGGCCCAGGGGGAUCUCCCAGCCCAUGUCCCCCUCUGAUUUCCUCGACAAGCUUAUGGGACGAACAUCUGGAUAUGAUGCCAGGAUUCGGCCCAAUUUUAAAGGCCCACCUGUGAACGUGACCUGCAACAUCUUCAUCAACAGUUUUGGCUCCGUCACUGAGACCACUAUGGACUACCGGGUGAAUGUCUUCUUGCGGCAACAGUGGAAUGACCCACGCCUAGCCUAUCAAGAAUAUCCUGAUGACUCAUUGGACCUGGAUCCCUCCAUGCUGGAUUCCAUUUGGAAGCCAGACUUGUUCUUUGCAAAUGAGAAAGGGGCCAAUUUCCAUGAGGUGACCACAGACAACAAGUUACUGCGCAUCUUUAAGAAUGGGAAUGUUCUCUACAGCAUCAGAUUAACUCUCAUUUUGUCCUGCCCGAUGGAUCUCAAGAACUUCCCCAUGGAUAUCCAGACCUGCACAAUGCAGCUGGAGAGCUUUGGCUAUACCAUGAAUGACCUCGUGUUUGAGUGGCUGGAAGAUGCUCCUGCUGUCCAAGUGGCUGAGGGGCUGACUUUGCCCCAGUUUAUCUUGAGGGAUGAGAAGGAUCUAGGCUAUUGUACCAAGCACUACAACACAGGGAAAUUCACCUGCAUCGAGGUGAAGUUUCACUUGGAACGGCAGAUGGGCUACUAUCUGAUUCAGAUGUACAUCCCCAGCCUACUCAUCGUCAUCCUGUCCUGGGUCUCCUUCUGGAUCAACAUGGAUGCUGCCCCUGCCCGUGUGGGUCUGGGCAUCACCACCGUGCUUACCAUGACAACUCAGAGCUCUGGCUCCCGGGCCUCUUUGCCCAAGGUGUCGUACGUGAAAGCAAUUGACAUCUGGAUGGCCGUGUGCCUGCUCUUCGUGUUUGCUGCACUGUUAGAGUAUGCUGCUGUCAAUUUUGUCUCUCGUCAGCAUAAGGAAUUCAUACGACUUCGAAGAAGGCAGAGACGCCAACGCAUGGAGGAAGAUAUUAUCCGAGAAAGUCGCUUCUAUUUCCGAGGUUAUGGCCUUGGCCAUUGCUUACAGUCACGGGAUGGAGGCCCAAAGCAAAGUUCUGGGAUUUAUAGCCCCCAACCUCCAACUUCUCUUCUAAGGGAGGGAGAGACCAUGAGGAAACUCUACGUGGAUCGAGCCAAAAGGAUUGACACCAUCUCUCGGGCUGUCUUCCCUUUCACUUUCCUUAUUUUCAACAUCUUCUACUGGGUUGUCUAUAAAGUACUACAAUCAGAAGAUAUCCAUCAGACACUAUGA